GGCAUCAUGACACAGCAGGUCAGCGGCUCACCGUUCCUCAAGCCAUUCUUCCUUAAGACGCCUGUCAGAGUGGUCAGCCCUCUGCGACAAAGACGACACACGCUCCCCGCCAGCGAGUUCAGGAACCUCACGCCACAGGAUGCCAUCAGUGUGUUUGAGAUAGAGAGAGAAGCAUUUGUCUCUGUGUCUGGAGAGUGUCCACUUACCCUAGAUGAGGUGCUUAACUUCCUGAGUCAGUGCCCUGAGCUUUCGCUGGGCUGGUUUGAAGAGGGACAGCUGGUUGCUUUCAUCAUUGGCUCUGGCUGGGACAAAGAGAGGCUUUCACAAGAGGCCAUGACUCAGCAUGUCCCGGACACCCCCACUGUGCACAUCCAUGUGCUGUCAGUGCACCGUCACUGUCGCCAGCAAGGCAAGGGCUCCAUCCUCCUGUGGCGCUACUUGCAGUACCUGCGUUGCAUGCCAGGUAUCCGCCGAGCUCUGCUGAUUUGUGAGGACUUCCUGGUGCCUUUCUACCUCAAGGCAGGCUUCAAAGAGAAAGGACCAUCAGCCAUCACUGUGUCUAACAUGCACUUCCAUGAGAUGGAGUACACACUCGGCGGGCAGGCGUACGCAAGGCGAAACAGUGGCUGCUAG